AUGUGCUCUCACAUACACAUAGGCUGCGUGGCGUUUUGGAUUUUGUGGUCUAGAUGCAUGAAAGAGUAUACAAUAGAGGCGCGCUCACGCAAAGCUGCUGCUUGCAUUACAAGUUUAACUGCGGGCAUUUUUAGUUUUUCUGUCAAAGAGAUGCCCAAAUUUGCCCGAAUGCCGUGUUUGGUUCUAGUAAGGGUAGCGUUCACAUCACGCGCAUUUUCUGUCUUUCGCAUGCGCAUACCGACGUAAUAAAACUUUUGUCACUUUCUAGCUCGACAUUUCAGGUCGGAACGUUCUCCCGCCCAGCACGGCUGCAAGCCUUGGACCAAGAAUUUAGUGAGCGCCCGCGCACUCGGAGGUGGAGGAUAACGAGAGCG